CAACUCCGACUAACCCAAUCUCCCAAGCCCCCACCGUGGCCAUUGACGACCUCCACGACAAAUUCCUCAAGACACCGACCCCAUGGCCCGUAGCAGGCAACUCGCACCCGGAAUUGGACGCUUUUCGCGUUCGCAAGCUGGCGCCCGCCGUCAGCUGUACAAGGGCCCAAAAAAAUCAGAGAAGGCAGCCGCUGCCGAGGUUUCCCAAUUGAAGGAAGUCAAGGUUGGUGGCGAGAAGAACGGCGGUACUCGCCUCGUACCUACCUCAAAAGCCCCGCGUUUCUAUCCCGCGGAAGACGUUCGCCAACCAAAGAAAAGUCGCAAGUCGCCUAAGCCAACCAAGCUUCGACCAUCUAUCGUACCAGGGACGGUGCUCAUUCUACUCGCUGGGCGGUUCAGAGGGAAGAGGGACAGCGGUUUGUUGUUGGUGACUGGCCCGUACAAGAUCAAUGGCGUUCCCUUGCGGAGGGUCAACCAAGCGUAUGUUAUUGCCACUUCGACAAAGAUAGAUCUUGAGGGAUUCAAGGUUGACCCGAGGAUUGAUGAUGCCUACUUUGCCAAAACUGCCAUCAAAGGUUCAAUUUCGGCUGAGUUAGAGUUUUUCUCUGAGGGAAAGCCUAAGCCGAAGGAACCUUUCCCCGAAGCCAAGUCGGCUGACCAAAAGGAGGUCGACAAGGCUGUCGUUGCCGCCGUUCGGAAGCAAGAGAAUCUGGCCAAGUACCUGAAAGCUAGUUUUGGGCUAACGAAGGGCCAAUUCCCUCAUCAGAUGGUCUUCUGAGGGUGAGGCUUAAUGCAGUAGGCUAUGCAGAGCUAUGAUGUGUGCCAUUUCCCGUACAUGAUAUUUCUUUUAUGCUACCCACUGGCUUUCGAACAUCAGCC